AUGCCCAAAAAACCAUGCCUGUCAUUGACUUAUGGGAUUCUCCCCUCUUCUCAUCAAUAUACAGAUAAGCAGAUACUCCCUAUUAAUAAAUUGGCCUCUGUAGAAGAUUCUAAUGGGAUUAGUAACUUUAUAUCCUGUUCUAGAGAUGGGUCUGUGAUUAUUAGAGAAUAUACUACGGUUAAUGUUGACAUUAAUUCAUGUAAAUUGACCAAAUUGAAUGGUCAUACGGAUUGGAUCAAUGAUUUGGUUAUUUUGGAUCAUAAUAGGUUUAUCACUGUAGGUAAUGAUUGUUUGAUUAUUCUUUAUUUUUGUAUGGAUAAUAUCUGGUCAUUUAUUAGAGUAGGUACUCAUUCUGAUUAUAUCAAAUGUAUUGAUUUAUUACCUUGCACCAUGGAAAAUUGUUAUCAGAUUGUCACAUGUGGCUUAGAUGGUAUUAUCAAAUUAUGGCAAUUGAAUUUCAACCUUUAUAAUGGUGGGUUACAAAAUAUACAAUUGUUAAACACUUGGACAAACACAAAGGAUAAUAUUUCAAUUUACUCAUUGCAGACAGUCAAACAUAAUUUUAAUGAUAAUUUUGAUUUCAUCAUAGGUGAUAGUACCGGUGAUAUUGUCUUUUUCAAGUCUGAUGCCAAUUCAGAAGUUUUAAGGAUUAAAAAUAAAUGGAUUUCUAAUAUUAAAGUGUUAAAGUUAUUAAACAAUGAUACUUAUCUAUUUUCAUCUUUUGCCAAUGGGAAGAUAUGUCUUUAUGAUUUGGAAUUAUUGAACAAUGUUCAACUAUUGAAUAAUACCCAAAUAAUAGACCCAAGCGUGGUAGUCACUUACAAUUGGAAUUACCCCAUUUGGUCUAUAUAUGGAGAUUCUUUAGAGGAACUGUAUUUAGGGGAUAUGAUGGGCAAUAUUAAUCGGUUCGCUUUCCAAUCAACUUUGAAAAAAUUUAAAUUAAAACCUCUAUAUAAUAACACCAAAAAUAACGGGAUACUUUCAUUGACAAAAACUAACAACAAUAAUAACCUUUGGUUUUCCAUUUCGAAUUCCUCUGAUUUGUUAUGUUUGGAUUUAUUAUCUUUGAAAACUACAAAAAUCAUCGAGGGAGGAUUUGCUUUGAAAAAAUGUAGUUUAUUAUGUGAUAGAAUUCAUGUCUUGACUAUGGAUACUUUGGGUAAUUUCCAAAAAUGGAAUAUCAUCACUUGUACAGUUAAGAAUGAUAAAGCAACGAAUGUGAAUAUACCUGCAAAUAAUUUGAUAGUCGAUUUCGAUCAAGCUGUAAAAGAUUGUAAUAAAUCUACAAAUUCAAAAUCGCUACCCAAAUGGUGCGAAGUUACCAUAAAAGUAGGUGUAUUAUUUGUCAAGAUUAAUGAAAAUUAUCCAAAUUAUUAUAUCCCUUCCAAGCUCUUACAGAAAUUUUCCAUUACAAACAAUUUCCAAAUUGAAGAUGAAAAAUUUUAUAAUAUUAAAAAAAUCUUUUUAUUUUCUCUUUUACAAAAUUUUAUUAAAUAUGAAUCACAAAGACAAACUAAUCCAACCAUUAAUUCAACUGAUUAUAAAGAAAAUACAAACAAAGUUAAAGAAGCUACUUAUGAAUUUGCCAAUCAACAGACUCUUACAUUUUCUAAUGGACUAAAAGAAACUACAACCUUAUCAUCUUCAUUUUCCUCAGAUGCAACUGUGACAGAUGAAGAUUCGAAUCUAUAUCAUACACAUUCUUAUUCGUUAAAUUUACAACCUACAAGAGAUUUAUCUUCUCCAUCAUCUUCUGUUUAUAGAUCUGAUAUUUCAAUUUUAUCAAAGGAAUUAUUAAAACAAGGAUUGAAAGAUGGAUUGCGAGAUAUUAAUGAGCAGGAAACAGUACAACAGCUGGAACAAGAGAAUACUAAUCAUAAUCAUCAAGACCAAUAUCCAAUACAAGAGGGAUUAAUACCCCAAAUAGUGGGACAAGGGCAAUUACAAGAAAACGUAUUACCACAAGGACAAAUACAGGGUCAAGAACAUAAUUCGAUAUUACCAACAAUCUCAGUCCAAGGCCAAGAUGUAAUACCACCACAAACAUUGGGGAAUACCCCAUUAAGCAUAUCAUCUCAUCCAUUGGGACAAGAGAACGCACAAGGUAAUAUAUUUUCACAAAUAAUGGAGCAGGAUAGAGUACAAAUACAGGAGAACACAACAUCAUUAUCGUCACAAGGUAUGGGCAAACUUCAAAAACGAGAAAAUAUAUGUUCUGAACAAAAUCAAAUAAAAGAGAAUUUAGCACCAUACCAAUUACGACAUUUUCCACAACAAGAUAAUCCAUCACCCCAAGUCCAGAAACAAAGUCAAAUACAAGAAAAAAUAUCAUCACAGCCACUGCAUCAAGCCUCCACUUAUGAUAAAAUGGUAUCACGAGCAGUAGAGCAAGAAUUAAUACAGAACCAACCUCAGCUGAUUAAUGGUAAAAACCUUUUUUUCGUUGAUUACAUCACAAAAUUAUAUGAUCAACGUUUAAAUGAUUCUACCAAAUCAGCAUCACCUGAAUCAUCUCUUUCACAUGAAACUGCAAAUGAUCAAUUAGAUUAUCCGUUACUAAACACUCCUCUCUUCAAAUUUGAUAAUCAAGUUCCAUUAAUUCAAAUCGAUUCAAAUAUUCAAUUGACCGUAGAAUAUAUUGAAUCAGCUAUUCCCGUGAAUCAAACUAUCUUUAAAACUAUACUCCCGAAACAAGUUAAGGAAAAUUACCAAUUAUAUAGAAACCUGGAACGUUUCUUACCAUUUUGGUUAUCGAAAAUCCUAUUUAUAGAUGAUACCAUAAAAAAUAAAGAUCCUCUUCUGGUACCAAAGAAGAAAAUUACAAACAGUAGCUAUAAGAAGAAAAAUCAACAAGAUCAUCAAUUAAAAUUCACUGUUUUGCCAUGUAAAAAAAGUUAUGUUUCAGUGUCAAGAACUCCAGCAGCAAUAGAAAUUAAUGCAGCAAGUACGAGUAGUUCAAGUAACAGUAAAGAUGACUCUCAUAAUAACAGUUCCAGUAGUGGAAUUAGCAGCAGCAGCAGUAGUAAUAAUAAUAACCCUGGUUCUAUAUUUAAAUCUUUCAUGAAAUCUUCAAAUAAUACGAUGUCUAAAUUUACUCAAGGUACUCAAUUACCAAAAAUUAAUUUGAAAAAAUCCAAAUUGAUAUCAAAUGAAUCAAUUCAAGUUCGAGCAAUAAAGACUUAUAUUUCAAAUUUACUUAAUAAAAAACUUUUAGAAAUUAAUGAAAACUUGAGUCCAACUCAGUGGAUCGAAUUGACUUGCAAAGAUAAAAUAUUAGAAGAUCAUCUAACCUUGGGUUAUAUCCAAUCUCAUUAUUGGAAAUCGAAUGAUUGUAUAAUAAUACAUUAUAGAAGAAAAUUAAUUGUAUAA